CGCGCCGGACCGGGCUGGGGCAAGCAAGCAUGUGGCGCUGUGUAUCGUGGCUGUGCCUGGCGCUGGCCUGCGCCCUCUCGCUCGCCGAGGAACUGCACGGCGCAACAGGCGCGGACCCGCCGGCGAAGAAGGCCGUCGUGAAGCAGGCGGAUGGCCUGUUGCUGAGCGUGCUGCACGGGGCGGCGCCCAAGUACCUCGGCAGCUACGAGUUCAAAGACGAGAGCGGCAAGAAGCACAAGGUGCUGGUGGUAGAGGAGACCCAGCCGGACGGCACGCGCGUCAAGAGAGGCAUCUGUAACGUGUGCGGCGGCGGACAAGAAGGCGGCGGGCAAGGAGGCGGCGGCUACGGACCAGGAGGCGGCGGGGGCGGGGGCUACGGGCCUGGAGGCGGCGGCGGGGGCUUCGGACCAGGAGGCGGUGGCCACGGGGGCGGCGGAGGUGCUGGUUUCGCCCCUGGGGGCGGACACGGCGGCGGUGGAUACGGACCGGGAGGCGGACACGGAGGCGGCGGCUACGGACCGGGAGGCGGUCACGGGGGCGGGGGCGGUGCAGGCUUCUCGCCCGGAGGCGGACACGGAGGCGGCGGCUACGGACCGGGAGGAGGCGGCGGAGGCGGUGCAGGCUUCGCGCCUGGGGGUGGACACGGAGGCGGCGGUCAAGGAGGCGGCAGCUGCCUGAAGUGUGCCGGGGGCGGCCAAGGAGGCGGCAGCUACUCCAAGAGCGAGUCAUCCGCCUCCAGCAGCAGCGGCAGCUGGGGCCGCUGAGGCAGGGAUAAAUGAAGACAACGCGAAGAGCCUUCACUUCAAAGCUUCAGACUUCAAAUCAAAUAAAAUCAAUUUUUUUUGUCUAACCUUGUUAUUUUUUCUAAAAUAAAGCCGUACGUAUUAAGUUUCAAAGUAUUAUCGUUAUAACUAACGUGUUACACCAUUUUUGUUUACCAAUUCUUCAAUAAAAUUUUUACUUGCCAGAA